AUAUAUUUUUAAUAUUUGCAGCUGACAUUUGGCCCAUUCAUUUCCAGACUAGACAUCAGUCAUCUUCUAUCCUGAUCCAAUUUUUCAUCGGAAGUUUCUGUUUGAAUCGCCGAUCAAAUUCCAGCUUUUUCCAACCAUGUCCGGCAACCUCGGCUGCGUGAUCGUCGCCGUCGACGGCAAUGAGGAGAGCAUGAACGCCUUGACCUGGGCUCUCGACAACCUCAAGCUCCGAUCCUCUUCUACUCCAGACGACUCCACCUCCGCCGGCCACUUCGUCAUCCUCCACGUCCAGUCUCCGCCGUCAAUCUCCGCCGGCCUCACUCCCGCCGUGGUCCCCUUCGGUGGGCCCAGCGAUUUGGAGGUGCCGGCGUUCACGGCGGCUAUCGAGGCCCACCUGAAGCGUAUCACGGAGGCUAUUCUUGCACACGCUUUGGCGAUUUGCUCCGAAAAGAAGGUGAAUGUGAAAACCCACGUGGUUGUUGGGGAUCCGAAAGAGAAGAUUUGUGAAGCUGUUGAGAAUUUGCAUGCUGAUUUACUUGUCAUGGGCUCCAGAGCUUUUGGCCCUCUUAAAAGGAUGUUUCUCGGAAGUGUGAGCAACUAUUGUGCUAAUCAUGCACAAUGCCCAGUGAUCAUUUCCAAGACAAAGGGCGCAGCCUCAUAAAGCAUGUGCAUAUCUAUGUCUCUUGCGCUGCUGCUCGGGAGGUUCAUCGGCAAAUAUACUGUUUCUGGGAUGUGUUGCUGGUAACUGUUCUUAUGUUGAGUGUGGUCUUCUUAUAAACAUUGUUUCUGGACCUACUGUGUAGGCUCAUUUUUUUUAUACACCCUGUAAUAUCUAGAAGGUACAAUUACAAUUGUUUUCUUUUGUUGGAGACAAGUCCCGUGGAUAUGAACCGUAAAUGUAUAUGAAUAACUUUCAAAUUACAAGACGAGGGGCCAAGACAGUUGAUUCUUUACCAAUAGUCUUGGAACAUCUUUCUGCAUCCUGUGUAUUGGAAGAAAUUAUGUUUUGUUUGUUGGAC